GCCGGGACCAGGGCGGGCUGCGUUCGGGGGGCCCAACGUAGGGCUGUCGCUGGCUCGGUCGGUGUCUGUGGCGGCUGUUGGGCUCGAGGACGCGGCGGAGGCGGCUCCUGCCCGGCGGGGAUGGCGGACGCGGCGGCCUCCCCGGUGGGGAAGCGGCUCCUGCUGUUGCUGGUAGCGGGGACGGGCGAGAGUGAGGCGACGGGGACGGAGCCUGGGCCUGCACUGCCCUCCCGGGCCUGGAGGAGCGGAACCGUGCGGGCCAUGAGUGGGGCCGUACCCCAGGACUUAGCGAUAUUUGUGGAAUUUGACCGGUGCAGUUGGAAACAGCAUGCUUGGGUGAAAGUUCAUGCAGAAGAAGUGAUAGUUUUGAUGUUGGAAGGAUCUCUGGUUUGGGUCCCUCGAAAUGAAACAUUUCUGCUUCAAGGAACUAGAGUGUCUGUUGAACAUUGGCCAGGACUGACUUUCACUCCUUUAGUAGAUAAGCUGGGUUUAGGCUCUGUGGUUCCAGUAGAAUCUCUUGUUGACCGAGACUUGAGGUUCCUAUCUGAUGCCAGUGGAUUACGUCUUUUCCAGCAGAUGGCAACAGAAAGUCAGAACCAAAUGCUCCAACAACAGCCUUUACUGAGGGAAGCUGUCAAUGCAUUGAUCGGUGAUCAGAAGCUUCAGGAGAUAUUUAGCAGAGGUCCUUAUAGCAUCCAGGGUCAAAGAGUGAAGGUGUAUCAGCCAGAGGAGGAAAACAGUUGGGUCUCUGCUGUUGUGAGCUGUCAAGAUCCUAUCACUCGUCUCAUGGAGGUGGUUUUGACAGAGACUGGUGAAAUCAAGUCAGUGGACCCCCGACUGAUUCAUGUAGUGAUGGACACUUCUCCUCUGAAUGAGGGAGGAUCUCUAAAGGGAGCUAAAUCCUCAAAAGGGAAAAAGAAGAGAGAAAAUGUCGAAGGGAAAGAUGGCCGACGGAGAAAAAAUGCUUCUGAUGCUGGGUGUGAUCAUGCUAUGAAGAAGUUAAAGGAGAGGGGCGAAGUGGAUAGUAAUGGAAAUGAUGGAAACGAAGCAAACAGGGGAGCUUGGAAAGGAAGCAUCAGCAGUGACGUGUCUCCGGAUCCAAAGGCCAAACAGCUUCCCCCAUUUGUUCCUCAAAUUAAUCGUAGUAUUCGUUUUGCCACGUACACAAAGGAGAAUGGCCGGACUCUUGUAGUCCAGGAUGAACAAGUGGGUGAUGACACACCUAUGCCCUUUACUUCUUUUUCUUCAGCUGCUGCCCAAGCACUGCUGAGUGGAGCUGGGAAUCAAGAGGUGGCAAAAUCCUUGGAACAGGCCAAUCAAAGUCCAGUGACUGCCCCUGUAGUAAUUACUACAGCUGGGCCAACACCAACUACUGUGCGGAGUUCUGAUACUGGCCUGCCUGCAGUUACUGGACAAGAAAAACAGAAAGCGGGCCGUUCACAGGCCCAGGGAGAGAAUUCCCCAGAUUCAUUGCUGGCUUCUCCAGGAUUUGGAGCUGCACCCUCGAGUGCCUCCCAGCCUUUAGGGUUUGACAGUGGGCGAAGCCAAUCCAAUGGAGUGCUAGCUCCAGAGAAGAAGCCUGCUGGGUUUCCAUUUGGUAGUAACACUGGUCAGGAGGUCCAGAAAGAUUCUGAUUUAUCAAAGAACUUGUUUUUUCAGUGCAUGUCCCAGAAUCUUCCCACCAGCAACUACUUCACAGCCUUGUCAGAGAAUCUAGCUGAAGAGCCCGCUAGUCAGGACUCAUUGAAAAAAAGUACGGAGAGCCUGAGUUUGGGCAGCUGUAAAAGUAAAGGUGUUGCAGGAGAAGCUAAACCUGCAACUCAGUUGGGCAGUUCUGUAGACCGGAAGCUGCCAGUGGAGUCUAUGCCCACCCUUACUCCAGCUUUUCCACGAAACCUCUUGAGUACUCGACCUCCAGAUAAUCACGAGAAUCUCUUUUUGCAACCCCCAAAACUGUCACGGGAGGAACCCUCAAACCCUUUCCUGGCAUUUGCAGAAAAAUCAGAACUCAGUCCUUUCAGUAGCUUUGCAUCCUCAUCUCAGCCAGGAGUAUCUUCUACUCCCUCUUCAGUUCUUGGUUCCAAGACAACUUCUGGCUGGCCAGAUUUGCACACCUCAACUGACUCUUUAGCAAAAAAGAAAAGCUUGUUUAUAACGACGGAUUCCUCCAAGAUCUUGUCCAGUGCACCUAGUUCGACUCUCUUUGCUGGUGUUCAGAGCUCAUCUACUUUGGGGAAUGGCCGUUCCAGCUCGCCUAUCGGCAGCCUGACACAACCUAUUGAAAUGCCCACGCUCUCCUCCAGUCCAACAGAAGAAAAGCCAUCUGUUGGGCCUGGGCAACAGGACAAUCCUCUUAUGAAAACUUUUUCUAAUGUGUUUGGCAGACAUCCGCCUGGCUUCUUCUCUUCGCAGGCAGAGCAAGCAUUGGAGAACAAAGCCCCCUUUGAAACUGUGAAAAGGUUCUCUCUAGAUGAGCGGAGCAUGCCAUCUAAGCAGGAUUCUGAUUCUAGCACCAAUAGCGACCUCUCUGAUAUGAGUGACUCUGAGGAGCAGCUGCACACCAAAGCUUGUCUGAAGGGAAUCCCAGAGCAUCUGAUUGGGAAACUGGGUCCCAACUGCGAGCGGAAUGCUGAACUACUAAUGGGCAAGGCAAAAGGGAAACAAACCCCAAAGGGGAGGCCUCGCACUGCCCCCCUGAAAGUCGGCCAGUCUGUACUGAAAGACAUGAGUAAGGUGAGGAAGCUGAAGCAGUCAGGAGAACCGUUCCUCCAGGAUGGCUCCUGCAUCAACGUAGCCCCUCAUCUGCACAAGUGCCGUGAGUGCCGUUUGGAACGCUACCGGAAGUUCAAGGAACAAGAGCAGGAUGACUCUACUGUGGCCUGCCGCUUCUUUCACUUCCGCAGACUGAUAUUUACUCGGAAGGGUAUACUACGAGUGGAGGGAUUCUUGAACCCCCAACAGAGUGACUGUGAUGCUAUGAGCUUGUGGAUCCCAUCGUCAUCCCCUGCAGAGGGGAUUGAUCUGGAGACUUCAAAAUACAUCCUGGCAAAUGUUGGGGACCAGUUCUGUCAACUGGUUAUGUCUGAAAAGGAGGCAAUGAUGAUGGUGGAACCACACCAGAAAGUGGCCUGGAAGAGAGCUGUACGGGGUGUGAGGGAAAUGUGUGAUGUAUGUGAAACGACAUUAUUCAAUAUUCAUUGGGUUUGUCGCAAAUGUGGCUUUGGGGUGUGUCUGGACUGUUACCGUCUCAGGAAAAACCGUCCACGCAGUGAGACGGAGGAGAUUGGUGAUGAAGAGGUUUUUUCAUGGCUGAAGUGUGCAAAGGGACAGUCACAUGAACCAGAGAAUCUCAUGCCAACACAGAUCAUCCCUGGCACAGCACUAUACAAUAUUGGAGACAUGGUUCAUGCAGCACGUGGCAAAUGGGGAAUUAAAGCUAACUGUCCAUGUAUUAACCGGCAGAACAAAUCUGUGUUGCGACCUGCUGUCACCAAUGGAAUUUCACAGCAGCUGCCCAGUCUGAAUCCUGGUGUAUCAGCUUCUGGAAAUGAAACCCCAUUCUCUGGUGGCACAGGAACAACAGAAGGUGGGCAGCCAGACACAAAUGUUGUGCCUAAGUCUGAAACUACAGAGGGCAAGGUUGAGGAGCCUAUAAAGACGGAGGCUCCAGCCACUAGCACUCCAGCAACCAGCAACAGUGGUGAGGCAAAGCCUAACAAGUCACUAUGUUCAGAAACAAGUCCCUCAUCAGCAUUGCACUGGCUUGCAGAUUUAGCAACACAAAAAGCAAAAGAAGAAACAAAAGAAGCAGGUUCACUGAGGUCAGUGCUCAGUAAAGAAUCUCAGUCACCUUUUGGAUUGGAUUCCUUCAACUCCGGUGCAAAGGCCUCCCCUUUAACUCCAAAGCUUUUUAAUAGCCUCUUGUUGGGCCCAGUUGCCUCAAGUAACAAGACAGAAGGUUCCAGUCUUCGUGAUUUGCUUAACUCUGGGCCUGGAAAGCUGCCUCAGGCUUCCCCUGAUACAGGGAUCCCUUUUCCUCCUGUCUUUUCUGGAGCUUCCACUGGGGCCAAGAGCAAAGCCAGUUUGCCCAACUUCCUUGAUCACAUUAUUGCUUCUGUGGUGGAAAAUAAGAAGAUGUCUGAUGCUACCAAGCGAGCAAGCAAUUUGGCUGACACACAUAAAGAAGUGAAAGAAAUGGUAAUGGGAUUAAAUGUGCUGGAUCCACACACCUCCCAUUCUUGGCUCUGUGAUGGAAGGCUUCUGUGUCUUCAUGACCCCAGCAACAAAAAUAACUGGAAGAUCUUCAGAGAGUGUUGGAAACAGGGCCAGCCUGUUCUGGUUUCUGGUGUUCAUAAGAAGCUGAAGCCUGAACUCUGGAAGCCAGAGGCAUUUAGCCUGGAAUUUGGAGAUCAAGAUGUAGAUCUGGUCAAUUGUAGGAACUGUGCCAUAAUCUCAGAUGUUAAAGUGCGCGACUUCUGGGAUGGCUUUGAGGUCAUUUCUAAGCGCCUGAGAGCAGAUGAUGGGCAGCCUAUGGUACUGAAGUUAAAAGACUGGCCUCCAGGAGAGGAUUUUAGAGACAUGAUGCCUACAAGGUUUGAGGAUCUAAUGGAAAACCUUCCUCUCCCAGAGUACACUAAGAGGGAUGGAAGACUGAAUCUGGCAUCGAGAUUGCCAAGCUACUUUGUGCGACCUGAUCUGGGUCCCAAAAUGUACAACGCAUAUGGGCUGAUAACUGCAGAAGACAGAAGAGUUGGUACAACCAAUCUGCAUUUAGAUGUGUCUGAUGCAGUUAAUGUUAUGGUGUACGUUGGAAUCCCCGUUGGGGAAGGUGCUCAUGAUGAUGAGGUGCUGAAAACCAUCGAUGAGGGAGAUGCUGAUGAUGUUACAAAGCAGCGAAUCCAUGAAGCAAAAGAGAAACCAGGGGCACUCUGGCACAUUUAUGCUGCUAAAGAUGCUGAGAAAAUCAGGGAGCUUCUUCGGAAGGUUGGUGAAGAACAAGGGCAAGAAAAUCCUCCAGAUCAUGACCCAAUCCAUGACCAAAGCUGGUACCUGGACCAGACCCUACGUAAGCGUCUGUAUGAGGAAUAUGGAGUGCAAGGCUGGGCAAUAGUGCAGUUCCUGGGAGAUGCUGUAUUUAUUCCUGCAGGGGCCCCUCACCAGGUUCAUAAUUUGUAUAGCUGCAUUAAAGUUGCAGAAGAUUUUGUAUCUCCAGAACACGUUAAACACUGCUUCCGCUUGACCCAGGAGUUCAGGCACCUGUCUAACACUCACACAAACCAUGAGGAUAAGCUGCAGGUGAAGAAUAUUAUCUACCAUGCAGUUAAGGAUGCUGUUGGCACACUGAAAGCUCAUGAAUCCAAACUGGCUAGGUCUUAGGAAUUGGUGAUUCCAAACCCCCCUCUGGAGUCAUUUUUUUGCUCACAGUAUAGAAGGGGAGUGCACAUGCCUGCCUCUGUAGGUGCCAGAGGCCACUUGCUAAGAGAGGUCAUGGCGUUCAUUACACUCUCCAGCCACUGUCUUCUAUGCUGCCUCAACACAACAUCUGAAGGAAGGUCACAAUAACAUACAGAAUUCCUGAUUAAUGAGAGGUGCUGUGUCAUUUUCCUGUGGCCUUUUGCAAAUUGAAAUCGUAUGGAAACCAUGUGGUGUUCCAGCAUAUUAUGAAUAGAAAGUGUGAACCUUUUUCAUGCCUAGUUAGUCUUUCCAAGAAGUUAGAAAGAAUGAUGUGGACAUUCUAUUGCAGACUUCAGUAGCUAGCUCUGAAUGAGUGUGACCACCAGGAGCCCAGCUACAGAAAUAUGGACAUGAGUCCUCCAGAGUCUGACACAGGCCAAGGAAAAAAGAUAAAUUGUUCUUCAUGCUCCCUUUUAACAGUUCUCUAUACACUGUAGAAAUGCAGAAACACAGAGAGAAACCACUGUUUUUCCCAGAUGGCUCCAGGAUUAAAAAUUGUGUAUUUAGUGAAAAACUAGGUUUGUAGUGAAACAGUAUUUCAUGAAAGUAGAUAUUUUUAGAAUUUGAAAUACCACAACUGUUCCUAGAUUACAAGGAAAGGCACAUCGCGUUUAGUCUUCCUUUCAAGAAAUUAUUCUUAGAAAUAAAUCCAGAAUAGCACAAUUGGCCAGAGGAGAGCUAAAAGAAAUUGACUUCCAACACCAGUUCCCACAAAGAAAGAAGUAAAGGGGGGAAAAGAACUUUUAUGUUUUGGAGAUGUUGUACAUCUCUCCCUAAACUGGUAAACGAGGCAAUAGUUCACCAGUUGUCAGUUUUAGAUUGGGACUACUACUUCCCAGAACUAAUUUUCAAUAUCAGCUUUGUCCAGAAAUAUUUUCAGUAAAAUGUUCCUGCUUGAUAGAGUUGUAUUCAGAGUUGUCACCAUUGAACUGAUGGAUUCCAUUGUUUGACUGUUCAUUGGGACUAUAUCUACCUUCUAUCCAGCUGUACUGUAGUGCCACCUGCAGGCCUGUUAAUAUGUUCAUGGUUAUUUCAUUUUUUAAAAAAUAAAAGUCAUUUACUGUAGAA